AAAAAAAUCGUCGUCCCCUCAAACUCACCCCGUUCAAACUUGAAGUUGUGGAACAGUCCUUGUCCAGACGACGCGUCCUGCCAGGAUACGUGAGGAACAGUCAUGGCUGAGAACACGUCUGGAUACAGGGGCGUACGCAGAAGACCCUUCUUACUCCUGGGGGCAGGGUGCGCGGUGUUAGGACUCGUGUUAGGCAUCAUCAUCGGCUACUUCGCCAUUCCCCAGAGCGGGACGCCAUGGUCUGCCGCCCUGACACAGGAGGGAGACCCGAGCAUCGCGGCACGGCUACAACGUGAGGUCACGCCCAGCAAUAUCAGGGACAACCUGAGGGAGCUGACGGCCCGCCCGCACAUAGCCGGGAAGGAGAUGGACCUGGGGGUGGCCCGGCUGUUACGGGACAGGUGGCUGGAGUACGGGCUGGACUCCGCCCGUCUCGUCCCGUACGACGUGCUGUUGGCGUACCCGAGCAGGGAACCCGACAGGCCGAGCCGCGUUUCGCUGCUGGAGCCUGACGGCACAGUGGUGGUGGAGUCCCAGCAACAGGAGGCCGGGGUGGACGAUCCCGAGGCAGAACCACCGUUCAACGCUUACUCAGCCUCAGGAGAAGUUCAGGGUGAACUGGUGUAUGUAAACUUCGCCCGGGCUGAAGAUUUCCAAACGUUGGUGAGGGACCUGCGCGUGGACGUGACUGGGAAGAUCUGCAUCGCCAGAUAUGGCGAGAUAUUCAGGGGGGACAAGGUUAAACAGGCCAGUCAGUAUGGCUGUGCCGGUCUGAUCCUGUACUCGGACCCUGAGCAGUGCGUGGCGGACGGCAUGGCUGUGUGGCCGGACGGCUGGAUGAUGCCGAGCACGGGCGUGCAGCGGGGAACGGUGAAGCUAACCGGAGACGUCCUGACGCCUUUCUAUCCAGCUAAUGAGUACGCCUAUCGGUUACGUGUAGAAGAUGCAGGCCUUCCCACCAUCCCUGUUCAUCCUAUCAGCUACGGAGUUGCAGUGGAAAUACUGAGAAAUAUGGCAGGCGCUGAAGCUCCCGUUGACUGGCAGGGCGGGUUGGAUAUAACCUACCACUUAGGACCAGGUUAUGCGGGUCAGGGAAGCAGCAGGACGGUGCGACUUGUGGUGAACCAAGACAGGGAGGUGCGGACCACGUACAACGUCAUCGGCACCAUUCGGGGAGCCGUCGAACCAGACCGGUACGUGAUCGUGGGGAACCACCAUGACGCCUGGGUGUACGGCAGCGUGGACCCGUCCAGCGGGACCGCCGUCAUACUGGAACUGGCCAGGGCCAUGGGCAAACUCAAGAGGGAGGGCUGGAGACCACGUCGCACUGUUGUGUUCGGCAGCUGGGGAGCAGAGGAGGAGGGACUGAUCGGCUCUGUGGAGUUUGUAGAGGAUUACAUCAAAAGUCUUCAAGAACGGACGGUAGCAUACCUCAACUGUGACUCUGCGGCAAGUGGAAACUUCUCACUGUCGGUAGCGGCGAGUCCACUCUUGCACAACAUGAUACGAGACGCUACGAAAAAGGUGCCUGACCCGCAUGAGCCCAGCAAAACCCUGUACGACACGUGGCGGACGAAGCGACCGGAGGAGGAGGGCAAUCCCGACAGUCGCCCGAAAAUCAACAAGUUGGGCUCCGGGAGCGACUACGCACCGUUUUUCCAGCAUGCCGGCAUCGCGGCAUCCAGCAUGUCAAGCGACAUAGACCCCGCGAUUGGUCUGGGUGGCUAUCCUCUGUACCACUCUGCCUAUGAGACAUUUGAUCUUCAAGAUCGUUUCAUCGACCCUGACUGGACCGUUCACCAGGCGGUGGGCCGGCUGUGGGGGCAGAUGGCGGUGACCCUAGCGGAUGCCCUGGUACUGCCGCUGGAUGUGCGCGACUACGCCACGGCUGUGCAGCAGAUGAUGGACGAGCUCCGACAGGAGCACGGCUCCAGGCUGAGCGCGCAAAAUAUCGGCUUAGAACACCUUGAGUCGGCAGUGUCAAACUUCACCAGGGCUACUACAACUUUCCACCAAACCCUUGAAAGUGUGGACAAAUCAAAUCCCGUUGCGGUGCGUGCUGUAAACGAUCGCCUCAUGAAGCUGGAGGGUGCCUUCAUCGACCCACUGGGACUACCUGAUAGGCCGUGGUUCAGACAUGUGGCUUUUGCCCCGAGCAAUGUCAACACCUACGCAGGACAGUCCUUCCCUGGGCUGGCUGAUGCCCUGUUUGACAUUGACCGUGCAGCUGACCAGGCAGCGCGGUGGGAGGUUGUGAGGAAGCAGCUUGCAGUUACCACCUUCACCGUACAGUCUGCAGCCAACACUUUGGUCAACAACCUGUUCUAGACAGCAAAUAUACAGGAAUCUUAAUUUUAGAAAGGAUUCAAAUUGACUCUUAUUCAGAUGUACCUGUUCCAAAAGCAGAGACAAUAUGCUUGUCCCAAAUAGCCUGACUAAAUGUACUAUGUUUCCUUUUAUUCUAAGCAAUUCAAGAGACUUGCGCAACAUGGAUGUAUU